AUGUGGCUCUACUGUGCUUUAGCUUCGCGAAAGCAGGUAUCAUGCCCCAAAGCAACGGUGGUAGGUGCUUGGCAUACGAGGCACGUCUCAAUACGAAGAGGCUUUGUGCAUCGCCUGUGUCGGGGAGCGUUUUCACGGACAGGCUCGCCGGCACUAUGGAAGCGCUUGAGCGUUCAGUCGGCGUUGGUGGUACCCUCGAUUCAUCCGAGUCAACCAGAGGAAAGCGACCCUGAGGAAGGAAAGCUUCGAGCAGUCCCGCUCGGAGACAUAUUUCCGAAUGACUACGUUGUGCACAACACGUACGGCGUGGGGAAGUAUCUCGGUUUGGAGUUCUUACGAAGACGAAUUCUCAAUAACAGCACAGGAAACGCCACGGAGUUGCAGGAGUUCAUUGUGUUGCAGUACGCCGACGGGAUCCUUCGCGUACCCGUGGACCAAGUAGAACUGUUGUCUCGGCUUCAGUCCGGUGUUUUGGACGUCGACGAGGACACUGAUGAAGAUAGUGAACUGCCAUACGAAGAGGUAGAGACAUCAAGGUCGGUGCGGGGUCGAAAGCCAGGCUCAGGCAAAGCCUCGAGAGUGAAAAAACGAGCGCUUGGCGGCAAACCUCGGCUAGACGCCAUCAGCCGGACGCGUAACUGGGAGCAGCGACGGAACCGUGCCUUCAAGGCCGUCCAAAAGGCAGCAAUAGAUAUCCUGCAAAUUGAGGCGCUUCGAAAGUCGGUGAAGCGUCCGCGUUAUCGAUUUGAUCCGAAAGAUCCGUUAUACGUAGAUUUUGAUAGCGCUUUCGAGUACAACAGGGCGGGCGGUCUCACAGAGGAUCAGCAAAGGUGCGUUGCUGACGUUUUCUCCGAUCUUUGUGAGAGGGAUCUGCCGAUGGACCGCUUGAUUUGUGGAGAUGUGGGUGUGGGCAAGACCGAGGUCGCGAUGCGUGCGAUAUUUUUAGCAAUCUUGAACAACCGGCAGGUAGCAGUCUUGGCACCAACCACAACGCUCGCCGCCCAGCACCUGCGGACGCUGCGGCGACGUAUGCCCGAAUACGUGCGUAUUGGGGCCCUGUAUCGCGAUGUCUCCACAAGGGAGGCACGCCAAGUGCUUGAAGACGUUGCUUCAGGCAAGAUAGAUAUUCUGGUGGGGACGCAUGCCCUGCUCAAUGAGCGCGUGCGCUUCCAUUUGCGCCGACGGCAUGUGAACGAUGCGCAGACAGCGGCAGACGCAACUGCAGCUGCGGCCGCUCGGAGUCGGAGUGGGUCACCAACACUGACCCCUGCAUCGGGCAAUGCUCCGCGGAUUGCUCGCGAUGGCCUGCUGCUCGUCAUCGAUGAAGAGCAGCGAUUCGGCGUAACGCACAAGGAAAAGAUCAAAAUUCUCGAUCAAACGAGGUCGUUUUAUGCCGACGAUAUUGCCGUUGAUGUGCUGACUCUGAGUGCAACACCCAUUCCGCGGACACUCUACAUGGCGCUUUCCGGCAUCCGGGAUGUUAGCAUGAUUCAUCGAGCACCGGCGUCUCGCUUACCAGUCCGCACGUUCAUUCUUGCGCAAGGUCCGGAGAGCGAAUUGCUAGUAGCCAAGGCAAUCGCUCAUGAAUUGAGACGAGGAGGUCAAGUCUUUUACGUCGUGCCGCGCAUCGCGGACAUUCCAGCCGCCUACGAGCGCAUCAAGGCAUCGCUCGCGUCCAAGAAACUGGAGGUGGUACACUACCCGAUCCUGGUCGGGCACAGUCGAACGAGUCGCUUGGAAGAUGUCAUGGUUUCGUUCGCUUCUGGUCGUGGUAGAAUACUUUUGUCGACAACGAUUGUCGAGAACGGCAUCGACAUUCCAUCGGCUGGAACGAUGAUCGUGGAGAGCGCGCACAAGUUCGGCCUCGCCCAGCUGUACCAGCUGCGAGGACGUGUAGGUCGCUGCGCUAAUCUCCAGGCAUACUGCCUCUACUUAUUUGAUUCGAGGGUGAUCGAGGACAACCAGGACGCACAGAUGCGGUUGCAGGCUUUGCGGGAACUUACGCAAGAGCGAUCCGCACAAAAGCGCAACCCGCGUUCUGUCGGACUGCGGAUCGCCCAAAGAGACCUGGAGAUUCGCGGAGCAGGCGACUUGCUCGGAGCAAGCCAGUCUGGAACACAAUGGAAUCUGGGGCCAGAGCUCUUCACGAAAAUGUUACGAGAAGCGAUCAAGCAUCUGCAGUACAAACAGAAGAGGGAGAGGACGUUCGCCGACUCGUCGGCGCCAUCGCCAUCCCUUCGAGAGUACAUGUGUGUCUGCGAAUUUGCGCUGCAGGGACUCUCACCAGCUAUACCGCGUUAUCUCAUUCCGGACUCGCAACAGAGGGCCCAGGUCUACCGUGACCUCACUUCCGUGGGCAGUGAAUCUGAGCUUGAUGAAGAAUUUGCCGACGUUUUGCGCGGACGGCCCAUGCCCAAACCUCUUCAACACCUUGUAUUAAUGAUGAAGACAAGGUUGUAUGCGCGGCAGCUGGGCGUUUUGCGGAUUAGCUCCGAAGGAUCGGACACCGUCCUACAGAGUCCAGCACCAGUCCACAUCUGGAAGCAGAUUCUGGACGAGCUGAGGCAGAUGAGUACAAGGUCGCGAGCGCUCUCAGCUCUGAACAUCGAACAUAUCUCCUGUCGAUCGAGUAUCCAGGGAACGCAAAUCCUACUGCGCGGCACAGGAAAACUCCCCGCAGAAAAGCAACUGUCCCAAGUGCUCGCGUUACUUCGGGCGUGCAAUGUCGUAUGUACCGAAUCCGGGUUCUGUUGA